AUGUCGUCCUCCGAACCCGUGAAAGGCAUGCGGAAAAAUGGAAAAAACUGGCAUGACACCAAGAAGCCGUUUCGCCCUACUAGCGGCAUGACCUCGUACGCGAAGAGGCUGGAGGCACGCAAGCAUCAGGAGGCUGUCAAGGAACAUGAAAAAGAACUGAGGGAAGAAAAAGAGGCGGAGAGAAAGGCACAUAUCCAACGGAUCAGAGAUCGUCGGGCUGCAAAGGAGGAGAAGGAGCGCUACGAAAAGAUGGCACAGAAGAUGCACCACAAGAGAGUCGAGCGACUGAAGCGGAGAGAAAAGCGCAACAAGCUUCUCAACUCUUAG